GCGGUCGCGCUCCGCUCGACUCUAUCCUUUCUCUUUCUCCCCCUCUUCGUGGUUCACGAUGCGGUUCUUGCGUCUGUUCUCUUCGGCCGCUGUGCUGGCCUUCAUCCAGGCCGUCCUCGCGUCGGACGUCCUCGACCUCACCAACACCAACUUCGACUCGGUUGUCAAGCCCGAGUCGCUGAUCCUCGUCGAGUUCUUCGCGCCUUGGUGCGGUCACUGUAAGGCUCUCGCUCCCCACUAUGAGGAGGCUGCGACCGCCCUCAAGGAAAAGGGUAUCAAGCUCGCCAAGGUCAACUGUGUCGACGAGGCGGACUUCUGCCAGUCCAAUGGCAUUCAGGGCUACCCGACUCUCCGUGUGUACCGCAAUGGCGAGUACACCGACUACGCGGGUCCACGUAAGGCCGAUGGCAUCAUCAGCUACAUGACCAAGCAGUCACUCCCUGCGGUCUCCGAGGUCACCAAAGAGAACUUCGAGGAAUUCAAGAAGGCGGACAAUAUUGUCGCUCUUGCCUUCCUGCCCUCGUCCACCGACGCCCCUGCUCCUGAAUUCAGCGCGACCGCGAACAAGCACCGCGACGACUACCUUUUCGGUCUUACCACCGACCCAGAGGUCGCCGCGGCUGCUGGUGUCACUCCCCCGGCCAUUGUCGUAUUCCGCUCCUUCGACGAGCCUCAGACCGAGUACCCGUACCCUAUCGCCAGCGCCAAGGUCUAUGACAUUGAGAGCUGGAUCGGCGACCUCGCAGUCCCCCUCCUCGGUGAGGUCGGUGCGGAGAACUACCAGACCUACGCCUCGAGCGGCAAGCCCCUUGCCUACCUCUUCGUCGACCCCACCGAUGAGAAGCACGACGAGUACCUCAGUACACUCAAGCCGGUCGCUGCGAAGUUCAGGGGCAAAGUUAAUUUCGUUUGGAUCGACGCCAUCAAAUAUGGCGACCACGCACGCGCCCUCAAUGUCGGCGAGGCCAAGUGGCCUGCGUUCGUCGUCCAGGACCUCCAGAAGCAGCUCAAGUACCCCCUCGACCAGAGCAAGGCCUUUACUCCGGAGGCCGCGGAGGAACAGGUUUCGCUUUUCCUUGACAACAAGCUCCAGCCCGAGUUGAAGUCCCAGCCUAUCCCUGACGUCCAAGACGAGCCUGUCUUCAACCUUGUUGGCAAGCAGUUCGAGGAGGUCAUUUUCGACGAUGACCGUGAUGUCUUCGUCGAGUUCUACGCCAGCUGGUGUGGCCACUGCAAGCGUCUCAAGCCCACUUGGGACCAGCUCGGCGAGCACUUCGCUGAGCUCAGGGACCGCGUUACCAUUGCGAAGAUGGAGGCUACCGAGAACGAUCUUCCUCCCAGCGUUCCGUUCCGCAUUUCUGGCUUCCCUACGCUGAAAUUCAAGCGCGCCGGCUCCCGUGACUUCAUCGACUACGACGGCGACCGUUCCCUCGAGAGCCUCAUUGCUUUCGUUGAGGAGAACGCUAAGAACUCUCUCGACAAGCCUGCCAACAACACUCCUUCCCAGGAGCAAUCUGAGCAGGUUGUCCUCGAGGACCACCACCACCACGAGGAGCUUUAAGCUUUCGGGGCUCUGUUUGGAUUCACGAUACCUACCUACGCUUUACGCAAUUACUUAUUGUAUUAGUCGAGGCUUGCUCGUCUGGAAAUAAAACUCGUGAAACACCUGUACCAGUUCC